AUGGGCGGUGUUCAAGCAAAGCCAGAGAGACGACCCGUGUUGGAGCGAAAGACAUCCUUUGCUAAGAAUCAUAGGAUUGUUCCCAUCAAUUCCGAGCCAAGAAUUUUUGAAGAGUUGAUGAGAUCGUAUCAGGCGGAUUGCAAAGAUGACAAAGAGUUGCAAGACUUCGACGCAGAACUCAGCUCCGGCGCCGAAGAAGUAGUCCGCAGUACCGGUCUUGAUCGGUUCAAGCAAUGCCUAAAGUACCUGACGCAUUCCAACGAGAAGAUUGUGAGGGUAAUCUUGUCAUGCAAAAAACAGAUAGUUGAGGCAGAGGGUGUGGGGGCGAGGAUGGUGAUGACGGCGAAUGAGCAGCUCUUGGAUCAAUUCUUGAUCAAGGAGACUUUAUCAACUCGGCUCGUGAGGUCCAUUCAUGUUUCAUGCAUUACAGAUGUGGUACUUGAUUGGGAAGUGUCGAAGAAGCUCAACGAGUCUCAGAAGAUGUAUCACCGUUCUGCGGAAGCAGUUGUUGCCAAGGUGAAAUCUCUGCGCGACCAACAUAGAGACAUGCUUGACAAGUUGAAAGAUCGAAUUGUGAAGUUUGAUAGGAAGCUGGAGCUUACUCGUACUUUAAAGAAGGUCGUAAAUGUGGUGUUCAUGGGUAUGUUGUUUGGUCUGUUUGUUUGCACCAUCAUGGCGGCGGCUAUGGCAGCUCCGCCAGUUGCGUCGGCCUUGACCUCUCAUCCAUGUAUCACCGGAGUUGUUGCUGGUGGUGCCGUUGGUUAUGCUUUUUCGGCAGUAUUAAAAGAGGGACAACACUGGCUUCUGACUUUUAUUCAAGGUUAUAAAUCAACUCUGGAGGCACAUACGGGUGUAAUUAAGUCGAUGGAAGCCGGAACUAGAGACGCCAUUAAAGAGUUGGAUGACAUCAUGUGUCAUGUUAAUAAGGUCAUUGCAAAAGGGAAUGAUCCAGUGUUGUCCAAUUUAAGCUCCGCAAAUGAUGAGGGAAGAGUGGAUGUGGUUGAUCAGGAAGUGACGUCUAUUCUGGAGAAGCUGGCAGAGUUUGGCAAGGAAAUUGAGGAACUGGACGAGAAAAGAGAGCAGUGCCUCCGGGUUAUAGAGACUGCAAGGGAUAAGGUUCUAGGGGAAUAUGGCGAAUUGAAGAGUAGCCCAGUGUGGAACACGAAGAUCAAGAAGUAG